AUGUCGGGAUGCUACGGCAGUGGCGAGAGUGGUACCGGGCGCGCGCCGGCCACUGGAGACCGCCGAGUGCCUCGGCGCCUCUCGCUCCCCAGCAGGGCGCCAGCCGCCCGCUCCUCUUGCCCGCCUCCAUCUCUCCUCCCUCUUGGCUCGCUCGGGCUCCUUAGCACCAUCACCGCUCAGCCAGAACAGAAGGCCCCGAAUCUGGUUGGCACGUACCACCAUGUCGACCGUGCCACUGGCCAGGUGCUUACCUGUGACAAGUGUCCAGCAGGAACCUAUGUGUCUGAGCACUGUACCAACACAAGCCUGCGUGUCUGCAGCAGCUGCCCCAGGGGCACCUUCACCAGGCAUGAGAAUGGUAUUGAGAAAUGCCAUGAUUGUAGCCAGCCAUGCCCAUGGCCCAUGGUUGAAAAAUUACCUUGUGCUGCCUUGACUGACCGAGAAUGCACUUGCCCACCCGGCAUGUUCCAGUCUAACGCUACCUGCGCCCCCCACACGGUGUGCCCUGUGGGUUGGGGUGUGCGAAAGAAAGGGACAGAGUUGGAGGAUGUGCGGUGUAAGCAGUGCCCUCGGGGUACCUUCUCUGAUGUGCCUUCUAGUGUGUUGAAAUGCAAAGCAUACGCAGACUGUCUGAGUCAGAACCUGGUGGUGAUCAAGCCGGGGACCAAGGAGGCAGACAAUGUCUGUGGCCCAUCCCGGUCCUUCUUGAGCACGACCCCGCCUCCCCCUGGCGCGGCCAUCUUUUCACGCCCUGAGCACAUGGAAUCCCAGGAAGUCCCUUCCUCCACUUAUGUUCCCAAAGGCACGAACUCAACAGACUCCAACGCUUCUGCCUCUGUUAGACCAAAGGUACCGAGUGGCAUCCAGGAAGGGACCCUCUUUGACAACACAAGCUCCUCCAGGAGGGAGGAAGGGGCCAACAAGACCCUCCCAAACCUCCAGGUCAUUAAGCACCAGCAAGGCCCCCACCACAGACACAUCCUGAAGUUGCUGCCUUCCUCCAUGGAGGCCACCGGGGGCGAGAAGUCCAGCACACCCAUCAAGGCCCCGAAGAGGGGUCAUCCCCGACAGAACCUCCACAAGCAUUUUGACAUCAACGAGCAUUUGCCUUGGAUGAUCGUGCUCUUCUUGCUGCUGGUACUGGUGGUGAUCGUGGUGUGCAGUAUCCGGAAAAGCUCCCGGACGCUGAAGAAAGGGCCCCGGCAAGAUCCCAGCACCAUCGUGGACAAGGCCGGGCUGAAGAAAUCCAUGACCCCGACCCCGAACCGGGAGAAGUGGGUCUACUACUGCAAUGGCCACGGGAUUGACAUCCUGAAGCUUGUAGCAGCCCAGGUGGGAAGCCAGUGGAAGGACAUCUACCAGUUUCUGUGCAAUGCCAGCGAGCGGGAGGUGGCCGCUUUCUCCAACGGGUACACUGCGGACCACGAGCGGGCCUACGCAGCCCUGCAGCACUGGACCAUCCGGGGGCCAGAGGCCAGCCUGGCUCAGCUCAUCAGCGCCCUGCGCCAACAUCGACGCAACGAUGUGGUGGAGAAGAUUCGGGGACUGAUGGAAGAUACCACCCAGCUGGAAACGGACAAACUGGCCCUCCCGACCAGCCCCGGUCCCUUGAGCCCGAGCCCCAGCCCCAGCCCCAACAUGAAACUUGAGAAUUCCAGCCUCCUGACGGUGGAGCCUUCCCCGCAGGACAAGAACAAGGGCUUCUUCGUGGAUGAGUCGGAGCCGCUGCUUCGCUGUGACUCCACGUCCAGCGGUUCCUCCGCGCUGAGCAGGACCGGUUCCUUUAUUACCAAAGAAAAGAAGGACACAGUGUUGCGGCAGGUACGCCUGGACCCCUGCGACUUGCAGCCCAUCUUCGAUGACAUGCUCCACAUCCUGAAUCCGGAGGAGUUGCGGGUGAUCGAAGAGAUUCCCCAGGCUGAGGACAAACUGGACCGGCUAUUUGAGAUUAUCGGAGUCAAGAGCCAGGAAGCCAGCCAGAGCCUCCUGGACUCCGUUUAUAGCCAUCUUCCUGACCUGUUGUAGGACACUGCACUCUGGAAUAUUGCUCACUUUAGUGGCUGGGUGGUUUUAUUGGAUUUUGGGGGGGGUUUUGAUUCUUUUUUUUUGGUGUGUGUGUGUGUUUAACAGAAUAUAUGGCCAGUGUUUGAAUUCUUUCUUUCCUUUUGUGUUUAACCCUUCCGGGAAGUUAGUUUCUAAGCCAAACGUUUUUAAGAUGUAGCUGUUGCAAAAGACCCACCACUAAAGUUUUUUGCCUUUUUUUUUUAAGUUUCUUACUUCUCUGUUUUGACUUCUGAUGCAUUUUAAAAAAUUGUUCUGUGCACUUUAAAUUCACAUAACCUACCCUCAGGCAGUGUGACUUUUCCUCCACACUGACUGCGAGGCUCUUAUAAGUGUAGCGACAUCAUGUGAAUUCUAUAAGCAGUCUUCACAUCGCUCAACACCCACACCUACUCCUAGUAUUUUUAUUACUAUUAUGAUUACUAGUAUCAUCACAUUAUUUGUCUCUGACCAAUUAAGACCCCACUUGAUUUACUGCCAUGCGAUGAGAUGCUGCGUGAUCAUUUUCCUGUCUUGUUGUACACUCAUGGCUGAACUGGAGCGCACCGUUGCUGAUACUGUGGUUUUCACCCGGACGCUGUAUAGCACGCUUGAUUCCCGUGCUUGUCUGAUGCUAAUAUGCUCUGGGCUGGAGAAAGGAAAUGCUGGAGUCACCAGGAAUUGCUAUCUAUGGGGCUUAUCAACAAAGGCCCCAAAGGAAUUUGAACUUCAUCUUUUAGGGUCUGAGCUAUUAGAGGAUAUCUAGGUGCAUGUUGGCAGGUCAAGAACGUGAAUCCCUGUGGCACCUUUCCCACAGAGAAUCUGCCCAGCUUUGCUUCAAACAGUCUCUUGUUUUUAUACACACAUAGUCAACUAGGUCCUGUCUGCCCUCAAGGCCUCGGUCUUGGUGGGUUUACGUCACCAUUCAAUCACUUAAAUUAAAAAUGGCUGCAGCUGUAAGAACUCUUGUCUGAUGUAUUUGCAACUUUGCUCACAUUUAUAAGCAUACCAUCUAAUGCUCAGUUUUGAGAUCCGUAUGCAAGGGUGGUGUGGCUCCCUUUGUGUGGCUGGGGGAUUGUGGAUAGUGGUGAGGAACUGAUAUCAGAAAAAUGCCUUCAAGUGUACUAAUUUAUUAAUAAAUAUUAGGUGUUUGUUACCUGA